GCCACUCGCAAUUAGGAAUCCAGCAUGAUAAGCACAAUCGACGACCUCCACCUAUCUCCACCUCUGACGACAAACAACAGCAAAGCCACCACCCACGACGUCCCCACUGUGUUCUUCUCCACCGGAGGAUACACGAGGAACGUCUACCACGAGUUCAAAGAUGACCUGAUCCCUCUCUACAUCACCUCCCACCAGUACAACAAAAGGGUCAUCUUCGAGUUCCACGACUGGUGGAUCUCCAAAUACUCUGACAUCCACUCCCACCUCUCCAACUACCCCGCCGUCGACUUCUUAUUAUGAAAAACAGACCCACUGCUUCCCGGAAGCCACCGGAGGUCCUAGACUGACAUAAAUAAUCCAUGUGCACCUCAAAUGUGUUGUGGACAGUUGGGAGAUAUACCACCCUACAAUGGUUUAUGUUAGGCCUAGUUUUAUCAUGAGGGAGGAGAGUUAUGGAGAGCAAUUACAAGUAUUGAAAGAUGAACCUGCUUAUCGUGGCUUCCCAAUGACGACUUUGAUUCAAUUACAAAGUAAUCAGAGAAGCAGAGAGGAGCACGUUCAACAAUGAAAAAGUGAGAGCAUU